AUGGAACCCUUGGCUGCGUCGAACUCAGCCCGUGACGGCACGGCGACGCUUGAUCUGGUAAAAGAUGGACCUGAUUUGCUCUCCGCGGGGGACGAGGACAUGGGCAGGCAUAAUCAGCUGCGCGUCGGCGGCAACUGCGAUGAAGUGCGGUGCAUGAUUGUGGAUAUUCCCCGGCCAUGA